AUGAUCGAGGUAUCAUUUUUAAACAAAAUAUUAAUACUCGGCAACAAUUCUCUUCGUCAUCUUGGAAUUCCAAAAAAUGAAUUAAACGAAUUUGGAAUUAAUCAAUUUAAAAAUUAUUUACGCCAAAAAAUAAUAAAAAAAGAAUAUUUUGGGGAUUUUACUGAAAAAGUAGUUGAACAUAUUUCUAAUUUUUAUUUGAAUUAUGACAAACCAGAAAAAUUGGAUAAUUGGUUUUAUCUGGAAAGGAUUGUUUAUUUAAUGACCGAUAUUCAAUUUAUCAUUCCAUUAGCAACAGAAAUUCAAAAUAAACAAGGAUGGCCUCUCCACAUUUACAUUAACAAAUAUAUUAAUAAAAAAUUAAUUCCAUCGGAAAUUAAAAUUAAAAGUUUUUUCUAAUUAAAAAUUUGAGGAGAAAAAAUAAAUUUAAAGAAAAUUUUCACGAUAAUGACCAUCGCUAUGUUUUUAGAAAUCCAUAUUCUGAUUUUACUUAUGACGAAAAUGAUUUAAAAAUGGAGGCGUUAAUGACCGAUUUUAUUUCGAAUUUUGUUAUUUAUGGGCAAGUUUUAUUUGAAAAUUUAAUAAAUUAUUUUUAUAGAGGGGCGAGAACAUGGGCAGAUUUUAGUGUAUAACAGAGGAAGAGUAGGGUUAUGUCGAGGAGUCAAGUUCCUUUCCGGAUCUUGUCUUGUCGUAAAAGUUUUGAGUAACUCGUCAUCUCUCUGUUCAGACGACUCCUUGAUACGGACGACUCCUUGAUAACUAGGAGUUGCAUGUUUCGGAUAGAUCCUAUCCGUCCAUUCAAAAUUUAAUGAAAAGCUCGAGAAUAACAGGAUA